UUUGAGUCACAAAUAAAAGGGUCGGUGUGUAACGCAUUGCACGCAUGAUUUUCAACGUAAUAUGCAUUCGCGUGUAAAAUAAAUGCAUUUAAAUAAGAACCUGGAUUUAGUCUUCCGUUUCAAAUAAGGAGUACAACGCACAAGAUUUGACAUGCCUGACGGACUUGUUACGAGCAGGCCGCUCCAGAACGAGGCGACGGGGAUAGACCUCCAGGUGCCACUCUUCCAGGAGGUCCGGGGCCCCAUGAUGACGGGGCACGUGGAGUACCAGAUCGUCGUGGUGACCCGCCUCGCUGCCUUCAAGUCAGCCAAGCAUAAACCAGGGGAUGUGGUUCAGCUUAUGGUGUCCAAAAAGUACAGCGACAUCGAUGAGUUCUACUCCCGGCUGAUUGGCCAGUAUCCCAAGGUUGCCAUGCCGGCGAUGCCACGCAAGGCGCUGUUCGUCAGCGAGACGGACAUCCGGGACCGCCGGGCGGCCUUCGACGAGCUCGUCAAGUUCAUCUCCAAGGACCCCACCCUCGCCACCUGCCCCGAGUUACUGGAAUUCCUGGGGGCAAAGACGACGGAUGUGGCUGACUUCAAGACCAGCAACUCCCCAGAAUUGGAGGAUGAGGAGGAGGAUGAUGAAGGGUUCGAUUUCUUCAAAAGAAACGAGCCCCCAGUUGCCAAAGUCUUUCCGGCAGCCAAGCCAGUGGCACCUGCAAAACCAGCAAAGCCUGCAGAGCCCAGUGAGGAAGAGGAGGAAGAGGAGGAGAUUCUGGACCCACUUGGGAUUAUGAAGUCCAAGAAGCCCAGAAAGCCGAAGAAGGUCGUGGAGGUGGAGCUAGUGGCCUCUGCCCCGCCCCCCAAACCUGCAGUGAAGCCCUCGUUCUCUCUGUUUGAUGAGGAGGUGGACCCAGAUGAGGAUCUGUUCCAGCCCUCGGCCAGGAGGGGCACGCCCAAAAUGACUGGCGAUCUGAAGCUGUUUGAGGACCCUGACCUGGGCGGGGCGGUGCGGCUGGGGGACGACCUCCUGCUCCCCACGGCGUACAGCGAGGCCCGGGCGCCGGCCGAACCCGCGCUGGACCUGGACACGGACGAGCUCUUCAGGGUAGAGGAGGAUCUGGAGAAGCUGCUCUCCAUCAGCAAGAGCGCAAAACCCAAACCCGCUUUGGCACCCAAACCCGUCCCCAAACCCAAACCGGCUCUGCCCAAGAAACCCACGUCCCUGUCCCAGAGCGUCUCCCAUGGCAACGCAGGGGCGGGGCCUCUCCCGGAGGGCAGGGCGGAGUCUAUGGGACAGAUGGACAUCCUCAAAUACAUCCAGCAGAACGAGGAGGCGGCCAGCGAGGACCUGGAUCUGUUCUGAUCCAGGAGGGGGGGGGCGUUUCAGGGUCUUCUGUAGGGUAACCCCCAAACACACAGUGAGCAGGGGGGCAGUUAUCCUACACACCUGUGACGGCUGGCAUAUUCAGUAUUUUCAGGGUUGACCAUUUUAAAGAUGAAUUUAGAUUUUUUUUUUUUUUUUUUAAGAUGAUCAAGAAAAAUGUGUUUUGUAUAUUUGCUCCUCUGCACUUUGUUGAAGGGAAAAUAGAUCAAAGCCCCGUUUUGUGAUGGAGACGUUAAAAAGGAGUUUUCUGACGUCUGGAAUUUUCGAUCAGACGCCACCGUUUUUUUUUACUUCCUUUAUUCUUCUGAUCCACUGAGCUCAGUCCAAGUUGUCAUUGGUAUCGUAUGAUUUCUCCCCCAAAAAAACCAAAAAGACUGCUCAAAUGCUGUGUGUGAAGGGUAAUUCUCUGAAGAUUUUUUUCCACUUCUGCUUUUUACCGUCAGUUGCGUUUUCCACGAAGGAGCGUGCUCUGUGGGGGUCCGUUUUGUCCUUUGUUCCUGUGGCUUUGUAGUCGACUGAAGAGCUUCCUGUAAUGGCAGGAACCGCAAAACAGGACCAGAGACUGACGUCUGCCCCCCCCCCCCCCCCCCGCAGCAAAGCUUCUGAUGCUCAGGCAGGCCUUAUAAGUGGCAGGCAAAACAGCACUCUUAGCAACAAUAACCAAGCAUAACAAGGGAAGAAUAUGUAGAAUAAAAUAGGCAGUUCUAAAACUUGUGCUCCCACAAAUCAGUCAGGAGGAUAAAAAUACCCUUUAAUGUCGGGGUGUCAAACUCCAGUCCUCGAGGGCUGGUCCGCAUACUGGUUUUUGUUCCAACCAAUUGCCUUGUUUUUUAUUUGCUGCCAGCUCUAUAAAUGACCCUGGUUCAAGCCUGUACUUGAGCACAGUAAAAUCAUCAGGAUACACUUUCAGUCUGCACCUGUAGCCGGUACUCAUACAGAUGUCAGAUAAGAUAUGUUUGAGUCGAUUAAAUAAUUAAGAGCGAAAGUUUUCUGAAACGGAUCGGCCCUUGUUUUGCACCGCUGGUCUACAGGUGUUUGUGGUUUCUUUUCAAUUAAGGUGUGUGUGAACUCCUCAGCCAAUCAAAGACUUAUAUGAAUCAUUACAUUACAUUACCUUAUUGGCAUUUGGCUGACACUCUUAUCCAGCGCAACGACGAUUAGACUAAGCAGGAGACAGUCCUCCCCGGGAGCAAUGCAGGGUUAAGGGCCCUUGCUCAAGGGCACCUUGUGUGUCCCAGUCAUUUACCUUAACCACUGCGCUACAGGCCACCCUGUCUCACACCAGCAGAUACUGGGGCCCUCCAGGAACACAGUUUGACACCCCUGCUUUAAUAUGAAAGUCAUAGAAGUCACGGUAUUAAUGGAAAUAUUUUGUGAGUAGUUAUGCAUUACUUCAUUGUGAUCAGUCAUUCAUGAAUAAUUAUUUUUCCUCGAUACUCAUUUAGUUUUGCUUAGCGUAUAUGGUUCCUCUUUAAUUAGGGCCUCUUCUCUUCCCAGGCCUUGAGCACCAAUACCUGCCAGACCAGCUGUUGGGUUUUGGGUCCUGCUGGUUUCAUCAUCUCAGACGCACGCGGUCUAAUUGUAGAAAUGACAGACAGGUCUACACCUCUAUUGUCUGUGAUACAGAAACACUUAUGCAACAAAGCACACAGCUUAUUUGCAAAACACUAUAUUGUUAUGACGAGGCCUGAGAUGCAUUUUGGUUGAAUUUAUUCACUUAGAAGACUAGUGGGUAGAUUAGUCGGUGCUAGAAGAUAGGUUUGUCCACAGUUCAUGCACGUUUUUUUGUAAAAUCAAGCCGAAUUUGUGUAGGUUUUACUGUUCUGCAAAAAAAUUUGAUCUAAGUGACUUUGACCGUGGAAUGAUUGUUGGUGCCAGACAGGGUAGUUUGAGUAUCUCAGAAACUGCUGAUCUCGCAAAAACGCCUUGUUAAUGAGAGAGGUCAGCGGAGAAUGGCCAGACUGGUCAAAGCUGACAGGACGGAGACAGUAACGCCAAUAACCACACAUGACAACAGUGGUAUGCAGAAGAGCAUCUCUGAACACGCAAUGCAUCAAACCUCUAACUGGAUUGGGCUACAGCAGCAGAAGACCAUGAAGUCUAAAAAAAUAAGUAAUAAAUACCUAGUAGAGUGCUCACUGAGUUUUUGAGAUAAUUGAGCUAAAUGGGCUCCAAGCAGAUACAACAUUUUAUAUGUGGCAUUUUUUUCUCUUUUUUUUGUUGGUAUUUUUGUGUAAAACUUCACACGUAUAAAAUAUCUUCCAGUUAGAACACUAGCUAGGCAGCCGAUCCUGUGCGUGGAAUGCAGUUUAAGUUCCGUCCCCCGCGGCCCAAAAAUCUGGACCCUGGCUUUCAUUCUCCGAGGAUAACUGGAGCGCGGGACGGAAGCUGAACGGCUGUAUCUGUCUUCCGCUGCUUCCCCCCUCGCACAGGCCCCGCUCCGUGUUCGCGCCGGGCCAGGAAGUGCACACGUAUGCGGCGGGGAGGCGGCGAUUGUUCAGGGCCGACGGUGACAUUUCUGCCUGGAACUUUCCGCUCUGCGUUUCUCACGGAGCCCCCCAUGUGCGGGCAUGGGAAAGUGUGCCCGGCGGGGGCCUUCGCCGUGACGAACGACCCGUCUCCCAGACUCUGGAGGCUAAUAUAUGCCCGUUAAAGGUUGACAAAGGUUAAAGUGCUUACAACUUAGCUUAAAGGUUUCAGUGUGUGAAAGUCAUAUGUUUUUCUGGAGUGGUUGCGUAAUCAUGUAAACUUUAUACGUAUGAAAAUAACCAAUUUUGCCAGAAUGUUUUUUUUUAAUUUUUUUUAUUAGUAGUGGACUCUUGAUAAGUAAUUUGUUAUUUAGCUGACAAUUUUAUCCAAAGCAAAUUACUGUUGGUUAGAAUAAGUAGGGGACAAUCCCCCCAGGAGCAAUGUUGGGUUAAGGGCUCAACAGCAUCUCCAUCAUAGAUCAUGGCUACACCGGGGCUUGAACCAUCAACCUUCCGGGUCCCUGUCACGUACCGCUAGGCUACAGGCUGCCCAGAUGAUCACGCAGGUGAUACCACUGCCUCCCCCCCUCAGUCAUGUUCAGGGUUUGAGGUGUCCUGCACUGUGCUAUGAUGACAUCGUCCUCCGUAAUUGGUCUGAGUAACUCCACGUGUGUCCAGUUCACUGCCAGUAAAUAUCUAUAUUCCAACCUUUGAGAAAAUGGAAGAAGCAUAAUUGUCAGUUUAGCAAAAAAAAAAACUUUGUUGGAAUCUUUUUUCACAGCCUUGCAAAGGAGCUCAGGGAAAUUGAUGCAUACCUCAAUAAACAAAUAAACCAAAUGUAAUGUCAGUGUUUAGCAGCCGCCUAUCCAGAGUGACACAGCUGAACGUUCAGAUCGGACCCUUUACGUAAGGGUAUAGGGGCAGUCCCUCGGCAAACACACAAACCCAUAACCUUUUGAGUUCCAAGCCCAGUUCCCUGAAACACUAUACCAAACCACCGCUGAUUGAUCAGGUGUUGAAGUUGGAUGGCUGGAUGUUAACUUCAGUUUAGGUUGAUGUCUGUCCAAUGCCUUCGCUAUUGGCCUGGAUUCAGCCAACCUUUACUGUGAAUCGCAAAUAUUAAAAAAAUAGAUUUUUCUUUUAGAGUGAUUGCUGAACAUGCAGAAUGCUUGAUUUCUUAGCACUUGUUGUUCAUGGUAACCAAAUGUUAGAAUCUAGGCUUAGUUACGUUUCUUUAGCCACUCACAGUUUUGUUUUUACAUUUUGGUAGCAGUGUCACUGCAUGCGUAUAAUGUUAAUGAACCCCUGGGAUAGAUUAUACAGUCCAUUGUUUAAAAGUUCUUAACAGACUUGUCAUUCUCCUUUAAAAAAAUGUUACAGUCCAAGUUUUGGCAUGAGUUUUAAUUAAAAUGCUUUUUGAAUGAUUUUGAAGUUCGAUAUCAGUUUUAAUAAGUUGUAAUGAGUGUUCAUACACCGUCUCCUAUAGUUGAUACUGAAUUUUGUAUGUCAUGCAUUUCUACAGGCCAUUGGAGGCCCAAUGAUUUUUAUUGUUUGUUUCCUGUGAUAUAAAAUUUGCCUUCCUGCUUUCUUCACAAACUGUCCUUUUCCCUAAACCUUCUGGUUUUGGUUCUGAUAUUAACACGUACACCAUGUCCCCACCGCUUCCUGUGGGAAAAUUAAUCUAUUAGUGAAUAAUUUUAACAAACUUUAGGGGGACUUUCCAUUUCGCCAUUUUCUCUGAAUGGAGGAUGUUUGGCUGCUUGCCCACGUUCUGUAAAAUGACAGGACUUUUGCUAUGAUAUUUCUGGCCCAGCUUUACUUUCAAAUGAGUUUGAUUUUAGAUGACGUUACAAGAUGGCAUGAUGCUGUUCAUUCUCAGGAGGACUAAUUCAGCGGUGUCUCCGGCAGGAGUCUACCCAGAAUGCUCUCUGCCGGACAGAACAUUCCCACACUGCGUCAGCGGGAGGCCGCUCUUCUCUCCGAGGGUCGUGUUGCACACGGCGGCGGGCGAGCGAAGCAGCAGCUGUCUUUAUUCCUCCUCUUCCUCCUCUUCCUCCCCCUCCUCUUCCUCAGGCUGUAUUUAUAGGUCAUUAUUGGCGUGUUUGGCUCCGUUUUUCAUGUACGUGUCACAGACGUCAGGACAAUAAAAGCCCUGAGAAGCUGCUUCA